GCGCGGGCGCGCACACACACACACAUACACACACAGACAUACAUGCUACCGAUCUUGUCUUCACAACCGCAUCCCCAAACCGACAGUGCGAAGCUUACUGCGGUUUCUCUUAACCUCAGCAUCGUGGGGAGAAGCAGAGCCGUUGUGCAUCAGGGAGCGCCCGGUGCCUGCGCUGCCGCCUCGGGUACAUACAUAACCCAGCAGACCGCUCACCCCAUCGGCUGGAAUGCUUUCAAACUGCUAAGGCUGAGAUCCUGAGGAACCCAGCUGGAGAAUGCCGUCUGAACGCUGCCUGAGUAUUCAAGAAAUGCUGACAGGCCAGAGGCUCUGCCACUCGGAAUCUCACAACGAUAGUGUCUUGGCAGCGCUGAAUCAGCAGAGAAGUGACGGCAUCCUCUGUGAUAUCACCCUGAUUGCCGAGGAACAGAAAUUCCAUGCUCACAAGGCAGUCCUGGCAGCAUGCAGCGACUAUUUCCGGGCAAUGUUCAGUCUCUGUAUGGUGGAAAGUGGAGCAGACGAAGUGAAUUUACAUGGCGUGACCAGCCUUGGCUUGAAGCAGGCCCUGGAGUUUGCAUACACGGGCCAGAUUUUGUUGGAGCCAGGUGUGAUCCAGGAUGUGCUAGCUGCUGGCAGUCACCUACAGCUGUUGGAGCUUCUCAAUUUAUGUUCCCACUAUCUCAUCCAGGAAUUAAAUAGCUUUAAUUACUUGGAUCUGUACAGACUUGCUGACCUCUUUAACCUCACUUUGCUGGAGAAGGCAGUGAUCGAUUUCUUAGUGAAACAUCUCUCUGAGCUCCUGAAGAGUCGCCCAGAAGACGUUCUAACGCUUCCUUAUUGUCUGCUCCAGGAGGUUCUGAAGAGCGACCGCCUGACCUCCCUGAGUGAAGAGCAGAUCUGGCAGCUAGCCGUGAGGUGGUUGGAACACAACUGCCAUUACCAGUACAUGGAUGAGCUCCUGCAGUAUAUCCGCUUCGGCCUGAUGGAUGUGGAUACUCUGCAUACAGUUGCCCUGUCCCACCCCCUCGUCCAGGCAAGUGAAACUGCAACCGCUCUUGUCAAUGAGGCCCUGGAAUACCACCAGAGCAUCUAUGCGCAGCCCGUUUGGCAAACUCGCAGGACCAAACCGCGGUUCCAGUCAGACACUCUGUAUAUCAUUGGCGGGAAAAAGCGUGAGGUCUGUAAAGUCAAGGAACUUCGGUACUUCAAUCCCGUUGACCAGGAGAAUGCUCUCAUAGCUGCCAUUGCCAACUGGAGUGAGCUGGCUCCCAUGCCCGUGGGAAGGAGCCACCAUUGUGUGGCAGUCAUGGGGGACUUUCUGUUUGUAGCGGGCGGAGAAGUUGAGCAUGCUAGUGGCCGGACGUGUGCCGUGAGGACUGCCUGUCGCUAUGACCCCCGUAGUAAUUCCUGGGCCGAGAUAGCACCCAUGAAAAACUGCCGGGAGCAUUUUGUGCUGGGUGCCAUGGAUGAAUACCUCUAUGCGGCUGGGGGUAGAAAUGAACUGCGCCAGGUUCUGCCUACAGUUGAGCGAUAUUGCCCCAAGAAGAACAAAUGGACUUUUGUGCAGUCCUUUGACCGAUCCCUUUCAUGUCAUGCUGGAUAUGUGGCUGAUGGUCUUCUUUGGAUAUCAGGUGGAGUAACUAACACAGCACAAUAUCAGAACAGACUAAUGGUAUAUGAACCUAACCAGAAUAAAUGGAUAAGCCGCAGUCCCAUGCUGCAGAGAAGGGUCUACCAUUCCAUGGCUGCUGUUCAAAGAAAGCUUUAUGUUCUUGGAGGGAACGACUUGGACUACAAUAACGACCGGAUCCUUGUGCGCCAUAUAGAUUCUUAUAACAUAGACACAGACCAGUGGACGCGUUGUAAUUUCAGCCUGUUGACUGGCCAAAAUGAAUCUGGAGUUGCUGUCCAUAAUGAGAGAAUAUAUUUAGUUGGUGGAUAUUCGAUUUGGACAAAUGAGCCUCUGGCUUGUAUCCAGGUAGUGGAUGUAAGUAGAGAAGGCAAAGAAGAAGUAUUCUAUGGGCCUACACUCCCUUUUGCUUCCAAUGGAAUAGCUGCAUGCUUCCUUCCAGCUCCCUAUUUCACAUGCCCUAACCUUCAGACUCUUCAAGUGCCUCAUCACAGAAUCGGGACCAUCUGAAAGGCAAUACUUUGUUAAUAACUCAUAAACAGAAGGGAAAGAAAAGCUUCACUUUUGGAUACUGGGCAUGAAAAGAUUCAGUGCUCAAUGCUUCCUUGUUGUGUAUGUCUUAUAUUCAGAUAAACAUUAGCAAAAAAAUGAACAGUUUUCUAAAAUACAUUACUGAAAACUCCUGUCACCCUUCUCUGUGUGUCAAUAUACAAUAUAUGGGACUUUUACUGUCGUGUAGCUUAGUACCAACUUAAUGGUCCAUAAUUGUUCCAUGGGACUUUAAGAGUCUUCUUGUAUACUUUUUCUAAAUCAGUGCUGUCUAGGAAAACAGGACAAUGUUAGUAAGGAAUUUAUUUCACAAGUACUGUCAUCAAUGGUCUUUAAAAAAAAUAUUCAGUAGUUAAUUCCCUUACUACUUAAACCUGGGUUUGUAAUUUUUCUUUAAAAAAUUUAACAUGCAGCCCCACUCGGUAUAGGCUCAGCAUUAUGACAUUAUAAAAUUUUAAAUGCCAUAUUUUAUUCAAGGUAAUACGAAUAAUAGAAGUACACCAGAAGAGCAGUUAGAAUACCCAUAUUUUUUGGCUUGGUUAAUCUGUGACCUGCUAGGUGCUU